AUGCCUCCGCAACACGCAACCAUAAUCGGCCUGGGCCUCUCCGGCGCCCUCCUCGCCCUCUUCCUCCACCACUACUCCCCCACCAUCCCUACAAUCUACGAGCUGCGCGCAUCCCCUUCUACCCUCGGCGGCGCGAUUAAUCUCACCCCCCCCGUCUCGCGCGUUCUUGCCUCUCUGGGCCUCCUAGCCGCUGCAAAGGAAGUGGCCUUCGAGACAAAGGAGACAGGCAUCUUUUCCCUUCGAAGCGGGGCUAAACUCGGCGCCCUCCCCUUCAUCGAUGCGGAGACGGGACACACUAGCCUACGCAUUGAGCGUGCGCUACUGCUUGGGCUCCUGACCCGCGCGCUAGAUGAGGCGGGUGUAAGAGAGCCUUGGCUGAACAGGGCAGUGGGAAGUCACGUUGUAGAUAGUUACGUAGUCAAGCUUUCUAUUGAUACGAAGACUGAACGCUGCCCUUCCGAUUAA